UUCUUAUGUAUCGAUAAGAUUUUCAGUUGUGUCUUUCCUUUCUGCUGGUCAAGUUAUUACUUUCUUUAAAUGGCGGCUUUAAAAAGUUUGCUGAUUUUGUCUAUUGUUGCUACAAGUUUCAUAAACAUUGGUUUUGCGCGACAUCAUAAGCUUCCAAUAGUUCUUAUUCAUGGAGGUGCUGGUGAUAUUACUGAUGACAGAAUUGAGGGCAAGCUUAAAGGAGUAAAACUAGCUGCUCAAAUUGGCUAUAUGACCCUUACAAAUGGCGGUAGUGCCCUUGAUGCUGUUGAAGAAGCCGUCCGUUCAAUGGAAUUAGAUGAAAACUUUAAUGCGGGCUAUGGUGCAGUACUAACUUGGGAUGGAGAAGUAGAAGCGGAUGCAUCUAUUAUGAAUGGAGCUAAUCUAAAUGCGGGAUGUGUUUCAAUUGUUAAAAAUAUUUUACAUCCAAUUUCAGUUGCUCGCAGUGUUAUGGAAAAGUCUCAGCACACGUAUCUAGCUGGCGAAGGUGUAAUGCGUUUUGCUAAAGACAAAGGAUUUGAGAUUCUUCCGAAUGGAACUUUGGUUACAGAAUCUGCUAAAAAGGCUUUAGAAAACUAUAAAAAUCAGACUGUUGAAUUAAAAGAAAAUCAUAAAUACUUUGGAGAGCCGGGAACAGUUGGUGCAGUAGCUAUUGAUGCCGAAGGAAAUAUAGCUGCUUCUACUUCAACUGGUGGUUUAACUGGAAUUGGUCGAAUUGGUGAUUCAUCUAUUUUAGGUGCUGGAACGUAUGCUGACAAUGCCAUGGGAGGUAUUUCCGCUACUGGUCAUGGCGAAACAAUAAUGCGUUACAAUUUAGCCUCUCGAAUUUUGCAUCUUAUGAAAUUUAGAGGAAUGUCAGCACAAGAUGCUUCAAAAACUGCUCUCGAAGCAAUGACAAAACAUUUUAAUGAAACAGCUGGAGUGAUCACGAUGGAUGUGUUUGGGGAUGUGGGUAUUUAUUUUACCUCAAAAAGAAUGGCGUGGGCUUAUCAACGGUAUAAUGAAAUUCAUUUUGGUCUUGAAAAAGGCGAUGAUUAUAUGGAAAUAAUUGAUCAAUCAUAAUGUUUGAUACAUGAGAAAUUUGUUAAAUAAAAUACAAAUGUUGGAAAAUGUUUUGUUUUUUGUAAGGGCUAUAUCUUGUAGUUCAACUAACACAUUUGCA